AUGGGGAGCCGUGAAUUUAAGUUGAAACGGACUUUAAUCGACGACUUCGGCCCUUUCUGGUUCGUAACUGUUAUGGGUACGGGCAUCUCAGCGGACAUUUUACACGCAUUCCCAUACGACAAACAAUGGCUCCGCAUAUGUUCAUACAUCAUGUUUACCGUUGCAUGUAUUUUAUUCAUAACCUUAUUGACAUUCUGCGUGCUGAAUUUGGCGUUCACAGUCAAGGAAAAAUCACUGCGCAGUUUUUGCAUACGUUACUUAUUUGACCUUAGUCAUAAUGUAUUUUGGGGGACUUUGUCGAUGGGAAUGAUCACCAUCAUUAAUUAUAUUUUUCAGCUUGCGGAAAACGAGUUCCUUGGCAAGCCAGUCGCGAAUCAUAUAAUCAUAUUGGUUUAUAUAUUAUGGUGGAUCAACGUUUUGUUAUCACUUGCUUCAGCGUGGGGUGUCUCAUUUUGCAUCUGGCUCAAAUACAGCCAAUAUUGGAAGGCCGACAGCACAUCCCCCCAUUUGAAGACCAUGCAGCAAAAUCUGCAGAGCGUAUUACUGCUGCCCGUCGUUCCGUUGUUCGUGGUGACAUCAAGCAGUGGCGUCUUCACAAUGUCCGCUUGUUUUGGCCAAGUAAUGAACCGCAAUAUUCAGCUCAUCACACUGGGCGUAACAUCUUUGCUUUGGUUUAACGCGUUGAUCUUUUCUCUACUUGUCAUUAGCACGUACAUUUGGAAUUUGUAUGUGAACAAGAUACCCUCUGUAAAUAUGAUUUUCACGAUGUUCUUAGUUGUGGGUCCAAUGGGGCAGGGUUCAUAUGGGAUUCUAUUGUUAACAGAUAACAUGAAGGAGUAUAUCGAGCAAUACUACCAAUCAACCGCAACCGAUGGUGAUGAGUACAUUAUUAAGUUAGCAAUCCAGUGCUCAUUUAAAGUUUGUGGUGUUAUGCUAAGCUUGUUGCUGAUUGCAAACGGAAUUUUUUUUACUAUACUGUCGUUUGCCGCUGUUGCAUCUUGCUUAAAUACGUCGAGGUCUACCCAUAAGGGAGCCAAAAUCUACACUUUUCAUAAGGGCUGGUGGACAAUGACGUUUCCUUUAGGAACUAUGGCGUUAGGAACAAAGGAGCUAUAUCAACAAUACAACCAGUAUGUGCCGCUCACGGCCUUCAAAGUUGUGAGUGCCAUUUAUUCUGUUUUGUGCAUCUGUAUCACUAUCACCUGCAUAAUAGGUACCAUCAUGCUCUAUUAUGUUCCUGUCAAGGCAUUUUCAAUUCACAUUUUGCGUGUGGAUAAAUCAGUGUGUACCGACAAAUCAUACAACUCUCCAAAAUACACUUCUGAACCACUUGAAUAUUCUAGCGUUUAA